AUGGCUGACGGCCUUCAAGUCACAGUGCCUGACAAGAGGAAGGUGGCCAUGCUGUUCCAGCCCACCGUGCUCCGCUGCCACUUCUCCACGUCUUCCCAUCAGCCUGCCGUCGUGCAGUGGAAGUUCAAGUCCUACUGCCAGGAUCGCAUGGGGGAAUCCCUGGGCAUGUCCUCUCCCCGGGCCCAGUCUCUCAGCAAAAGAAACCUGGAGUGGGACCCCUACUUGGACUGUUUAGACAGCAGGAGGACUGUUCGAGUGGUAGCUUCCAAACAGGGCUCGACCGUCACCCUGGGAGACUUCUACAGGGGCAGAGAGAUCACGAUUGUGCAUGAUGCUGAUCUUCAAAUUGGAAAACUCAUGUGGGGAGACAGCGGACUCUAUUACUGUAUUAUCACUACCCCUGAUGACCUGGAGGGCAAAAACGAGGACUCGGCAGAAUUGCUGGUGUUGGGCAGGACAGGGCUGCUUGCUGAUCUCUUGCCCAGUUUUGCUGUGGAGAUUAUGCCAGAGUGGGUGUUUGUUGGCCUGGUGAUCCUGGGAAUCUUCCUCUUCUUCGUCCUGGUGGGGAUCUGCUGGUGCCAGUGCUGCCCUCACAGCUGCUGUUGCUACAUCCGCUGCCCAUGUUGUCCAGAUUCCUGCUGCUGCCCGCAGGCCUUGUAUGAAGCAGGGAAAGCAGCAAAGGCCGGGUACCCUCCCUCUGUCUCCGGUGUCCCCGGCCCUUACUCCAUCCCCUCUGUCCCCUUGGGAGGAGCCCCCUCAUCUGGCAUGCUGAUGGACAAGCCGCAUCCACCUCCCCUGGCACCAAGUGACUCCACUGGAGGAAGCCACAGUGGUGGCCCUGUUGUCCACCCGGCAGCCCCAACCAGAAGCAGGGACCUUGUCCUCAUCUCUGCCUCACUUCCCUCAUCCGUUCGCAAAGGCUACCGGAUCCAAGCGGACAAAGAGAGGGACUCCAUGAAGGUCCUGUACUACGUCGAGAAGGAGCUGGCUCAGUUUGAUCCGGCCAGAAGGAUGAGAGGCAGAUAUAACAACACCAUCUCGGAACUCAGCUCCCUGCACGAGGAGGACAGUAAUUUCCGCCAGGCGUACCACCAGAUGAGAAGCAAGCAGUUCCCUGUGUCGGGGGAUUUGGAGAGCAAUCCUGACUACUGGUCAGGUGUCAUGGGAGGCAGCAGUGGGGCAAGCCGGGGACCCUCAGCCAUGGAGUAUAACAAAGAGGAUCGGGAGAGCUUCAGGCACAGGGAGUUAGCUCUGGACCGCCGAUCCCUGGAAAACGCCUCCGCCUACGCCCUGCCCUUCCAGGACACCGGAGAUGGUGGAGUGUGCAACUCUUCGCCUCAUCAGAUUGCUGCUCUAGAUGCUUUGGGAAACAAGUGA